AUGAUGGCCACAAAACUCCAUAUUGGGCUGCCUCUUUCGCAGAUAUACUUCCCGUUGAGGAACAUGGUCUUAUGCGAAGUAUCCAUCGUGCCUUGCGGUAUCGAUCUCGUCCUGACCGAAUUCUAUGCUUUGUACAAGGCGAACACUGACCUGAUGCACCUCAGGAAGGUCAGAAGGUUUAACAACUAUUAUCCGUUGCCGGGCAUAUUCAAAGAGCACAUCAAGCUGGUUGGAGUUCUUCGCCGCACGGACGGUCGAUAUUGUGAGUGCACGGGCUUUGCUGACCGUACACUUGAGCCAGCACUGACCAGUGAUGCUAUGGUGCUCCAAGCCAUCAGGUACGCAAACGAAAGAAUUCAGACGGUAAAUCAUAUUUUACUCGACUGGCCACCAGACUUUACGCCACACAUCCAUGUGUAUGUGACACAAGGAGGUCGAGAGAUUGCCAAUUUUCCUGAUUGUGCAAGAGAUGAUACUACAUCAGCAGACUGA